CCGAGAGGCGUUGACUUGACGUCGCCACCCCUCUCCUCGGGGCUGGCGCGGAGAGUGGCAGCUCCUGAGGUCACCGCUUCCGCUGGCGCCGGUGGCCUAGCUCCCGACCGCUGCCCUUGGUCGUGGGUCGUGCUCGGCACCGGCUGCAGCAGCCACGAUGACCUUGCUUCAGCUUGUACGCGAAUACUGGGUUCAUAUACUUGUUCCUAUGGGAUUUGUCUUUGGAUGCUAUCUAGACAGGAAGGAUGACGAAAAGCUAACUGCCUUCCGGAAUAAGAGUAUGCUAUAUCGGAGAGAACUGAAGCCCAAUGAAGAAUUUACUUGGAAGUAAAGCCUGUGGCUAAAUCUCAGAAUGUUCACAUUUUAAAAGUCAUUGGAGAAAUAAAACAUUUAUUAUUUAA